AUGACCCUGUUGAUUUUGCGCGAUCUGGAUCGGGGAGAUGGUGCUGCUCUACAUGCUCCCCUAUUCGAAGAAGUUAUCGAUUGGACGGAUCCAAUAAAUCUCGAAUUCGAUCUCGAAGCGUCCCAACGCGGACAGAAUAAUACAGAAAAGACGACUCAGGAGGAGCGUGAGCAAACAGCUUUGGGUGCACUAUACAUAUCGUCAGCGCAGAUACCUGACAGUCCUGGCGAGCCCACGACGAUAAUCAGUGAUGACAAGAUAGAUGUGGACGUGAAGACCAUGACGGUGGGGUCAGAGUGCGAUAAUUUCUUCUGGAGAGAAGCCAAUCUACCUCAGCCCAACGCCGCAUCUGUCGCCGAUCUCGUAGGUCAAUUAUCGGGAGGUUUUGAUUCGAUGAGUGCGCCCAGUAGUGCGGGUAUCCAAUCAUUUGGCUUUGAUCCCACAAUGCUUUCAGGUCUAUGUCAGACAGCAUUGAUACGCCCGGAAUUCAAAAAUCAAAAGAAGCCAAACACGCCGUUUUGUGAUGUCGGAUGCUUUUCCAAUUCAUGCUAUUCUGGUACACGUGGGAGGUCAGGUUACAUGGUCCGAUUUUGGUACCUUUCUUUUGACGAGGCCACCCCGCGGAAUUGGCAAGGUUUGGACAGGAUGGAUGCGGUAGUACGUCCCAAUGUCCACUGCGUGGAGGACUUGAAUGCAUUCUCGGUGAAUUAUGGUGAACCGUCAAAACGCGCCAUUAGGAAUAUACUUCACGUCGAAUCGAACGACGGCCCAGUUCUUGACUCGGAUGACGUUGAGGUCGAGUACCUUGUUGGACAUACGCAUCGCCACGAGGAGGGUAUCCCUCUUCUCGUGGAGAAGUUCAACGGGCGCAUCUACGCACAUUUCAAUGAGGCCAACCAACGAGCCCAAAUGGAGUAG